GGGGGUGCGGUUAGUGGUCUGGCCCCUGCACUGCCUGUGGGAUGCGGAGCUUGAAGUGGGAGAAAAUCGGCGCUUAAGUGUAGCGGUGCUCAGGCGCGCUAGGGGCAAAGCCCCCGGAACGUGCGCAGAACCGAGCACUUCCGGACUGGAGCUGAGCUGGGGCCUCGCAGGCACCGCGCUCUCUCCUCAGCCCCCAAGGCGAGGGCAGCCGCUCUGCGGGCUUCUUCUUUCUGCUCGCGGUGGCUCUAUCCUGGCCGAGAUGUUGAAAGCGACCCCCGGGUUGUCCAGAUUCGAGCAAGGUAAAUGUGGAUUCCAGUUUUUGCAGAAAAUUGAGGAACAAGUGCCAUAAUGGCUGCUCUAAAACCUAAUGAAAGCAAGUUGAAUACAUUGGUGCAGAAACUUCAUGACUUUCUGGCACACUCUUCUGAAGAAUCUGAAGACGCACAUUCUCCUCCAAGACUGACUUUGAACAAGGUCAUAGAUAAAAGCACUAGGUCUGGAAAUAGUUCGGAUCCAAUGGAAAUCAGUAAGGAAGAGGCAAAUACCUCCUCAGAGAGAGCCAAAUCUUUAGGACCAUCCCGUUCAAAAAGGAAGCCUACUGUUGUGACAAAAUAUGUAGAAUCAGAUGGUGAACAAGCUUUUGAUGAAGCUAUAAAUAAAGACGUUUCCAUUGACACCUCAGAAAACGAUAUAGCUAUGCAAAGCUUGCCUAAAGGUACAGUGGUUGUACAACCAGAGCCAGUGCUGAAUGAAGACAAAGAUGAUUUUAAAGGGCCUGAAUUUAGAAGCAGAAGUAAAAUGAAAACUGAAAAUCUCAAAAAACGCGGAGAAGAAGGGCUGCAUGGAAUUGUGAGCUGCACAGCUUGUGGACAGCAAGUGAACCAUUUCCAAAAAGAUUCAAUUUAUAGACACCCUACGCUGAAAGUCUUGAUUUGUAAGAAUUGCUACAAAUAUUAUAUGAGUGAUGAUAUUAGCCGUGAUGCAGAUGGAAUGGAUGAACAGUGCAGAUGGUGUGCAGAAGGUGGAAACUUGAUUUGUUGUGAUUUCUGCCAUAAUGCUUUCUGCAAAAAAUGCAUUUUGCGCAACUUAGGUCGAAAAGAGUUGUCUGCAAUAAUGGAUGAAAACAGCCAGUGGUAUUGCUACAUUUGCCGCCCAGAGCCUUUGUUGGACUUGGUUACUGCAUGUGACAGCGUAUUUGAGAAUUUAGAACAGCUGUUGCAACAAAACAAAAAGAAGAUAAAAGUUGAAAGUGAAAAAAGUAAUAAAAUAUUUGAAAACACACAAAGAUUUUCUCCCAAAAAAAAUAGUUCAAAUUUUAAUGGAGAAGAAAAGAAAUUAGAUAAUCCUUAUUCUGGAUCUUUAACUUACUCUUUUACAGCACUAAUGGUGCCAAAAGACAUGAUUAGAAAGACAAAAAAGCUAGUUGAGACCACUGCAAAUAUGAAUGCUAGUUUUGUAAGGUUUUUGAAGCAUACCUCUGAAAAUACAGAAAUAAGCCCAGUGAUUAAGUUACGUCAACUUAAAGCUUUUAAAUCUGUGCUGAGUGACAUCAAAAAGGUUCAUCAUGCAUUAGAAGAUGGUGUGAACUUGGAGAUUCGUACUUUGGAUUCUUUAAGCAAAGAGACUGUUACCAAAGAGCAUAAAGCUGAGGGUGUUAAACCAGAAACUGAAGUUACAAAAUUGGAAAUGUUCUCUGAGUCUAAAAAGAAGGACUUUUCAAAAAGUGAUACUAAAUUAUCAGUGAAGCGAGUUGAUAGUGAAAUUGUUGGUCAAAGUCUUCCAGUGGUAGGGCAACCAGUAAACAAAAAUACUAGUGCUGAAGAAAAGAAAUCUAAUCGAAAAGAACCUCACUUUGAGCCUGCCAACACUUCUGAAGCCUUAGAUAUGGACAUUGUGUCUGUUCCUUCUUCAGUCCCUGAAGACAUUUUUGAGAAUCUUGAAGCAGCUAUGGAAGUUCAAGGUUCAUCUGACCAGCAGCGGGAUGGCAGUAGUGCAGCAGAUCGAGAUGUAGAGAGUUCUGUAAAAUCAAAUGUGACUUCAAAAGACCACAAAGGAGGUACCAAAUUCAAAAUAUCAGCUAAGGUAACAAAAGAAUUAUAUGUUAAACUCACACCUGUUUCCCUUUCUGAUUCUCCAGUAAAAGCUGCUGAUUGUCAGGAGGCAACACAAGAAAAGGAAGAAAAGAAAAGUUCUGGUCUUCCUUCUAAGACAGAAACCCGCAGCUCUCGAAAGGAAAGAAGUGAUGACGAUUUUGUUGACAAUGACAUUCCAUUAGUUUCAGAAGACGGGGACCUUCGGAGAUCCCCACGUGUAAAGACGACCCCUCUAAGACGACAGACUGAAGCAAAUCCUGUGACAUCUAAUUCAGAAGAAGAAAGUAAUGAUGGAUAUCAUGAAAAACGGAAGAAAAAGUCAUUAGUGCAAUCAGUAAAAAAGGAUAAACGGACUUCUUCUGAUAGUGCCAUCGAUGGCCCCAAACCUAAUAAGGUUCCUAAAUGUAAACCAUUAGAGACUGUGGCUCCAAGUUCAGACUCUGAUGAAAUGCCUACUGUUCUCAGAGAAGUAUCUAUGGCGAGUCACAGUUCUUCAGAUGCUGAACAUAAUGAAACAAAUGAAAAUGUUCCAAAGAAGUCUCUGUAUGAUUUAAAGGCUCAAACAUCCAAAGGUGGUGACAAAGGAAAGAGAAAACGAAAAAACUCCACUUCAGGUUCUGAUUUUGAUACAAAGAAAGGCAAAGAAGUCAAAAGUUUCACAGGUUCUAAAAAGAAACGUCAAAACCAAUCAGAUUCUUCCAAUUAUGAUUCUGAAUUAGAAAGAGAGAUAAAAACUAUGAGUAAAAUUGGAGCUGCCAAAAAAUCCCAAAAGAGAUCUUCAAAGAAAGAGGAUUAUGAUUCUUCUGAUGAUGAAAAGCAAAUCAAAAAAGGAAUGGGCAAGCAAAAGAAAAAAGAUUCUAAGAUUAUAAUAAAUGAAUCAUCAUCUGAUGAUGAAGGUAGACAAAAGACUUCUUGCUUUUCCGAAGAUUCUGCUGAUAAAGAAAAGAUGAGCACAGAAGUAGAACACUUACUUAAGAAAGAUGAGGUGACAUCAUCUGAUGCUAACAAAUCUUGUGUGCAAGAAGAAGCUUGCAAUUCUCCUGAAAGCAAUAAGGAGACAGAACCCACUGAAAAAAGUAACCGUGUGAAAAGCAAGCCUUUUAAGAAGACACAGGAGGCUUCGUUUGAUGAUGUUCCUGACAAGUCCUUACAAAAAGAGGAAAGUGGUGAAUCUUCGGAUGAUAAGAAACAGAAAAAAAUAAUUGAAACAAAAGAAAAGAAAACUGCAAACUUGAAAGAGAUUGCACAUAAAGAGAAAGAUGAGGCAUCAUUCGAUGGCACUGAAAAAUUUCUUGAGAAAGAAGACAGUUCCCAUUUGCCUGAAGAUCUUGAUCCAAAUAAGCAUGGUACAACUGAAAUGGAAAAGAAAAGUAAAAAAUUAAGAGAGAAAAGUUUUAAAAAGAAGGAAGAAUUAUCUGAUGAUACUGAAAAAUUACCAGGGAAAGGAGAAAGUGGUGAAAAUUCUGAAGGUAAAAAAGGAAUAUCUGGUAAGGAAAAGAAGAAGGAAAAUUUAGGGGAAAAAACUUCUAAGACUGCUCAAGAUGGUGUAUCUUCUGAUGUUGAGAAGUGUCUCACAAAAGAAGAGUGCUGUGAUUCUUCUGAUGACAAGAGAAGGAGAAGAAUAGAGUCUCGGGAAAGGCGAAACCUAAAUACAAAAAGAAGUAAUGCAACAAAACAAAGUGGUUCAUCUUCUUCUGAUGUUGAGGAAACGUAUUCCGAGGACAAUAAACAAAGAAAGCAACUAUCACUGACCAAAAGUAAGAAAAAAGAAAGUGUAAAAGAGAAAAAGAAAAAGUCCCCCAAAAGAAGUGCCAAAAAGCAGCAAGAAAUUGCUAGUUCUUCUUCUGAUGAAAUGGGAGAUGAUGACCAUCAUUCAACAGGCGAUGGGAGCGGUGAUGAACAGAAAAUUAAACCAGUCACAGAAAAUCCUGGAACUUGCCACUCUUCAGGUGAUGAAGCGGAAAGAGCAGGUCCUGUCACCUUGGAUGAUGAUGAGGAUGAAGAUGAUCCUGAGAAUAGAAUUGCCAAAAAGAUGCUUUUAGAAGAAAUCCAGGCUAAUAUUUCCUCUGAUGAGGAUGCAUCUUCAGAUGAAGAACCAGCUAAAAUCAAAAAAAGAGUUGUAAAACAAAAUGAAGAGAACACCGGUGAUGAGAGUGAGCCCUUAAAAGAUGAAAAUGAUGAGCACGGCAACUCUGACACAGAUUCUGACUCUGAGCAAUCUAAGAAGCCCCGGUACCGUCACAGACUGUUACGGCACAAACUGUCCGUGAGUGAUGGAGAAUCUGGAGAAGAAAAGAAGUCAAGACCCAAAGAGACAAAGGAAACCAAACGCAGAAAUAGGAGGAAAGUGAGCAGUGAAGAUUCAGUUGAUACUGAUUUUCAAGAAUCAGGGGUAAGUGAAGAAGUGAGUGAGUCUGAAGAUGAUCAGCGUCCUAGAACAAGAUCCGCAAAGAAAGCAGAAAUGGAAGAAAAUCAACGUAGUUAUAAACAAAAGAAGAAAAGAAGGCGUAUUAAGGUUCAAGAGGAUUCUUCAAGUGAAAAUAAGAGCAAUUCUGAAGAAGAAGAUGAAAAUGAUGAUUCUAAGUCUCCUGGAAAGGGUAGAAAGAAAAUUCGAAAAAUUCUUAAAGAUGACAAACUGAGAACUGAAACUCAAAAUGCCUUAAAAGAGGAAGAAGAAAGACGAAAGCGUAUUGCAGAGAGAGAGCGAGAGAGAGAAAAAUUAAGAGAGGUGAUAGAAAUUGAAGACGCUUCACCUAUUAAAUGUCCAAUUACAACAAAAUUGGUUUUAGAUGAAGAUGAAGAAACCAAAGAACCUUUAGUACAGGUUCACAGAAACAUGGUAACCAAAUUGAAACCCCAUCAAGUAGAUGGUGUUCAAUUCAUGUGGGAUUGUUGUUGUGAAUCUGUGAGUAAAACCAAGAAAUCUGCAGGUUCUGGAUGCAUUCUUGCCCACUGCAUGGGUCUGGGAAAGACAUUACAGGUGGUGAGUUUUCUUCAUACAGUUUUGUUGUGUGACAAAUUGGAUUUUAGUACAGCUCUGGUGGUAUGUCCCCUUAACACUGCUUUGAACUGGAUGAAUGAAUUUGAAAAAUGGCAAGAUGGAUUAGACGAUGAGGAGAAACUUGAGGUCUCAGAAUUGGCAACUGUGAAACGCCCUCAGGAGAGAAGCUACAUGCUGCAAAGGUGGCAGGAAGAUGGGGGUGUCAUGAUUAUUGGCUAUGAAAUGUAUCGAAAUCUUGCUCAAGGAAGAAAUGUCAAGAGUAGGAAACUAAAAGAAAUAUUUAACAAAGCUCUUGUUGACCCAGGUCCAGACUUUGUUGUUUGUGAUGAAGGCCACAUUUUGAAAAAUGAAGCCUCAGCCGUUUCAAAAGCCAUGAAUUCCAUUCGUUCAAGAAGGAGGAUUAUUUUAACCGGAACCCCUUUACAGAAUAACCUAAUAGAGUAUCAUUGCAUGGUUAACUUUAUCAAGGAGAAUUUGCUUGGGUCCAUUAAAGAAUUCAGGAAUCGAUUCAUAAAUCCAAUCCAGAAUGGUCAGUGUGCAGAUUCUACCAUGGUUGAUGUCAGAGUGAUGAAAAAACGGGCCCACAUUUUGUAUGAAAUGUUAGCUGGAUGUGUGCAGAGAAAAGAUUAUACAGCCCUAACAAAGUUCCUGCCACCAAAGCAUGAAUAUGUUUUAGCUGUAAGAAUGACACCAAUUCAGUGCAAACUUUAUCAGUACUACCUAGAUCACUUAACAGGUGUGGGUAAUACCAGUGAAGGUGGAAGAGGGAAAGCAGGAGCAAAACUUUUCCAGGAUUUUCAGAUGUUAAGUAGAAUCUGGACUCAUCCGUGGUGUUUGCAGCUGGAUUAUAUAAGCAAAGAAAAUAAGGGAUAUUUUGAUGAAGAUAGCAUGGAUGAAUUUAUCGCUUCAGAUUCUGAUGAAACAUCUAUGAGUUUAAGCUCCGAAGAAUAUACUAAGAAAAAGAAGUCAAAGGGGAAGAAAGGUAAAAAGGACAGUAGUUCAAGUGGCAGUGGCAGUGAUAAUGAUGUAGAAGUGAUUAAAGUAUGGAAUUCAAGGUCUCGAGGAGGUGGGGAAGGAAUUGUGGAAGAAACAUCCAACAUUCCCAGUGUCUCUUUAAAACAGGAAGAAAGUAAAACUUCUUCUUCCAAUCCAGGUAGCCCAGCUCCGGACUGGUACAAAGACUUUGUGACUGAUGCUGAUGCGGAAGUUCUGGAACAUUCAGGCAAGAUGGUGCUUCUUUUUGAAAUUCUUCGAAUGGCAGAGGUGCUUGGAGACAAAGUUCUCGUUUUUAGCCAAUCUCUCAUAUCAUUGGACUUGAUUGAAGAUUUUCUUGAAUUGGCUAGUAGGGAGAAAUCAGAUGAUAAAGAUAAGCCUCUUAUUUAUAAAGGGGAGGGAAAGUGGUUUCGAAAUAUUGACUACUAUCGUUUGGAUGGCUCUACUACUGCACAGUCGAGAAAGAAGUGGGCUGAAGAAUUUAAUGAUGAGACAAAUGUGAGAGGUCGAUUGUUUAUCAUUUCUACCAAAGCAGGAUCUCUUGGAAUCAAUCUAGUGGCUGCUAACCGAGUGAUCAUCUUUGAUGCCUCUUGGAAUCCAUCCUAUGAUAUCCAGAGCAUAUUUAGAGUUUAUCGCUUUGGACAAAAUAAGCCCGUUUAUGUGUAUAGGUUCUUAGCUCAGGGAACCAUGGAAGAUAAGAUCUAUGAUCGCCAGGUCACCAAGCAAUCCUUAUCUUUUCGAGUUGUUGACCAACAACAAGUGGAGCGUCAUUUUACCAUGAAUGAAUUGACUGAGCUUUAUACCUUUGAACCAGACUUGUUAGAUGACCCUAAUUCUGAAAAGAAGAAAAAGCGGGAUACUCCUAUGCUGCCCAAGGACACAAUCCUUGCAGAGUUGCUUCAGAUACAUAAAGAACAUAUCGUAGGAUAUCACGAGCAUGAUUCUCUUCUGGACCACAAAGAAGAAGAAGAGUUGACUGAGGAGGAGAGGAAAGCAGCUUGGGCUGAAUAUGAAGCUGAAAAGAAGGAGAAGAUUACUGCAUUGAGGGGCAUGGAUGAACAGGGACUUACCAUGCGCUUCAACAUGCCAACUGGGGCCAGUUUACCUCCUGUCAAUUUCAACUCUCAAACCCCAUAUAUUCCUUUCAAUUUGGGAGCCCUGUCCGCAAUGAGUAAUCAACAGCUUGAGGACCUCAUUAACCAAGGCAGAGAAAAAGUUGUAGAAGCGACCAACAGUGUGACAGCAGUGCGGAUUCAACCCCUGGAAGACAUCAUUUCUGCUGUAUGGAAGGAAAACAUGAAUCUGACAGAAGCCCAAGUGCAAGCUUUGGCAUUAAAUAGACAAGCCAGCCAGGAGCUUGAUGUGAAAAGGAGAGAAGCAAUCUACAAUGAUGUAUUGACAAAACAACAGAUGCUAAUCAGCUGUGUUCAGCGGAUCCUGAUGAACCGGAGGCUCCAGCAGCAGUACAAUCAGCAACAGCAGCAACAGAUGUCUUAUCAACAAGCAGCCCUGAGUCACCACCUCAUGAUGCCAAAGCCUCCGAAUUUAAUCAUGAAUCCUUCCAACUACCAGCAGAUUGAUAUGAGAGGAAUGUAUCAGUCAGUGGCUGGUGGCCUGCAGCCUCCACCACUGCAGCGCGCGCCGCCCCCAAUGAGAAGCAAAAAUCCUGGACCUUCCCAAGGGAAAUCAAUGUGAUUUUGCACGAAGAGCUACAAGGAUUGUUCAAAUCAAAGAAAAGAAAGAUCUUUUAUUUUUUUAGGAAUCAAUGGCUUAACAGAACUCAACUGUAUAAAUAGUUUGGUCCCCUUAAAUUACAUGUUCCAUAUUAGCUUUUCGAUUUUCUUUAAAUAGGACGGACCAUUUCUCCCUGACAUUGGUCAGUAAUGUUGCCUAGAAUCUUCUUACAUGUGUUGAGUACAGGAGAGAUUUCAAAUUGUUUUCAGUGAAAACAAGCCCUUCCAUGACAGUAGCAGCUCCCCAGGUUUCCUCUCUAAAGUCCUUUGCUUGCUUUUAGCAAUCAUGCCAUCAUUAUGAGCUUAAGCAGCUUAGGAAAGAAUACAAAUUUCCAAGUGUAUACAUACACACACACACACACACACACAUACACACACAUAUACAUAUACAAACACACGUGCGCACACAGCUGAGUUCUUAAUUAGAGUUGAUUCCUCAAAUUAGGGAUUGCAUUUUAUACUAAUCAAUUUCUUGAUUAAAGUGACAGAAAUGGUUUUAGAGUCCUUUUGACUGGUCUGAAACUAGGCUUGUGCUAAGCCUGUAUCUAUUCAACAAUUUAGAAGCUGAGGGUUCUCUUUUAACACACAGGAUUGAGUGCAAUAUCUUAAAUCCCACUGCUCUGACCCUUUCGAGUCCUGCACUUCCAGUUGUUCCAACAGCCUUAAGUACAGCUUCCGAAGAAUUUGGUAUUCUUCUCUAGUCUUUCUGCCAUUUAAAAAUUUCACUUAUGUGCUGGAAUUAUUGAUAAACUUCAGGGUUAUGGGUUAUCUUCCAUAUAAUAAUAAUUUCUCUUCCUCUCUCUUCUUUCCCUCCCUCCCCCCCCCCCUUUUUUCUCCCUCCCGAUUUGUGCGUCUCUUUCCUUUAUCUGUCGGGCCCUCCAUUCCUUGCUUGCCCCUUCUCUUCCCUCCCCUCCCUUCCCUCUUUUCUCUUUCUUCCUUUAGGCACUGACACAAAGCACACGCAAAUCACGAUUCUUCCAUUUAUUAAUAAUUUUUCUUCCUCUCUUCCUCCCUUUUUCUCUCCUUGGAAUUUUCUCCCUCACUUCUCCAUCUCCCUCUUCCCUCUCUCCCUUCCCAUUUCUCCCUCCUCUCCUCUCCUCCCUUCCCAUUUCUCCCUCUCCUUUUACCCUCCCCUCUCUCCCUUUUGGCACUGACACAAAGCACACGAUGAUCACGCUUGGUGCCGGUGCUGGUGCUUCAUCCUGUUGCUGGCAACGGGGUAUAGGCCGAGAAAAUCCAGCUCCAAGCAUUUAAGGGUUAAGCCAGUAAUGGUGGUUGUUAGGUUCACACCCUGUUUUAUAAACAACAUCAAAAUGGCAGAACUACUGCUGAUGUUCAGUUCAUAGGAGGAAUGUGCUUAAACAAUUUCCAGUGCUGUCAGUAUUGUGAAAUCAUUCCUCUUCAAGAUAAGAAUCUCUGGCUUCCAUGCUCUUCUCCCUCUUCUCUCAACACCACCUCCCACCAUACUAACCCUCAUUUAGGUUUUCCUAGGAACAGGAGUUACUUCUUUAAAAAAUUAAAAAAAAAAAAAAAA